AUGACGAUCAUCGCUGGUCACGCACUGCUUUACGGUAAAGAGAAUUGCUUUUUGAUCUGUAUGUGGCGAUUAGAUCGGCUACUAGGCUCGGAGGGCUCGGCCGUUCUGCAUGGCGCUGGAUCCCUGGACGCUGAUCACCUGCCUCUAGUAAAAGUGUACGUCGAUGGGGAAGUCCGUCGUGGCAAUUAUAUACUGAAAGCACUUUGCUUAGGAGCGAAGGCAGUACUAGUGGGCGUUCUACAAGCUGAGCUCGAGAUGGCCAUGAGAUUGGUUGGGAUCACGGAUCCUUCGCAGACAAACCGGGCCUUUGUUAAUACGCAGGACCUUGGCCAUUUAGUCAUGCAAGAUGUGGGGACUACUGAUUCUCUUGAAGUGGUUAAAGGGCCCUAUCAGAUAAAUUUUUAUGAUAACUACACUAUGAAAUGGCACCGUCCAUCUGAGCCAAUCCAGACAACUAAGCUAACCGAUACUUAA